CGGCGGUGGAGCGGCGGUGCAAACGCAGGCCGAUGUUGCAGCGCAGGCAACUAAGGGAGGCGGCGCUCAUUGCGCUCACAGUGUUCCUCCUGCUCAUUGGAAUUUCUUGGGCGCGACAUAUCGAUGAAGAUUGCAUUGCUUUCCAGAGGAAGGAGAUAAACGUUCCGGGGUCAUCCCUGAACAUCACUUCUUGGAAUGAUUCACCCGGGGAGAAAGAAUUCCUGACUUUGAAUUUGUAUUUCACUGGAAAGGAAUUUCCGGACACUUAUAGCAUUCUUUAUGUUUUUCCGUCGAGAUUUCAGCUUGCAAAAUUCAUCAAUAGUGAACCAACAAAGGGAAAUUUUACAAUAAAUCCUUCAUUACCAAAUGGAUGGGUGGAUCUACAGCUGAAGUUCGAGGAGAAGCUAGAAGUGUGGAUUGCUGGGUUUCCAGGCCCGCUGGUUAGGGAACAAAACGGCUUCCCUGUGGAGAAGGUGGAACUCAAAGGGAGCAACACGACGGUUAACUGCCGUGACGAUAUGGUCGCAUGGCGUGUUAAUCAUACACGGCAGGUCAUCCCAGUGGCAGGUCCAGGCUCGUAUCGCCUUACCAUGUAUUCUGGUUCGCCUUUCACUCCAAAGUUCAUUUCUGCCGAAGGAGAGUUAUCGAUCGCUUUAGAAGGGAAGGCCUAUAUAACUGGACAGGGAGUGCCUCCCCUGCCUCCCUAUAAGGAUCAUAAUUUCACACUGGAGUGUAAUCACUCUAAUUCGAAAAUAAACAGUUGCUAUUUACAGGCACCUGGCAGUGACGUCAUAGGUCCACUUGUGUGGAGCAAUUCUUCCAUCACAGUGUCAACAGAACAUGGAUAUUUCUUCCUUUUAUUGAGUCAAAAGAUCGUCGCCAAAGCUAAAGAACCUACAAUGGGAGCAACUGAGGAUUCAUCAGAAAAAGCCACAGUCACUAUUUUAGUCGUUAUGUUAACUGUGACGAUUAUAACAACCACAGUGUUCGCUUUACUUUAUGUAGUGGCUUAUCAGGAAAAACGUGGUGCCUCUAAUGAACGUCAUGAAGAUGAAGUUCCAUUGCUUCAGGUUAAAUCACGCAUGUGGGAUGCCGUCAAUUCCAAUGAUGUUAAGCUUGCCAAGUAUCUGCUGGAGAAUGGCGUCGACCCCAACGCCAGGGAAGGAAAGCAGCCCACGACCGCACUGAUGGAGGCGCACGUCUUGGGCAGGACGGAAAUCGUAAAGCUUUUCCUCUCCAACUCUGGAGAAAAACCGACUCCUCCUUCAAAUGCGCUCGUGGAAGAAUGCACAGAGAUACUUCAUAAGAGAAUGAAGGAAGUCUUCACCGCAGCCAAAAGUGGCAUGUACGACAGACAAGAUGGCGUUCAUGUGAAGCUCAGGGCCCACGACUUCCCAGCCACCAUAAGGGACCACAAGGGCCGCUCGUUGGUGCACUGCAUUGCCAACGCCAAGUUCGACGACGAGAGACCAUGCUGGGAAGCGGCCGAUAUCAGAGCAUUUUUUGAUCAAGAGAAACCCUUUCCUAACGCCAUAGACCACUGGGGUCAAACGGCUCUCCAUUUCGUGGCGAGCCUCACACCGAGGACUCCGAGGGCCCGGGUAGUGUGGGGCGGGAGGACGCGCACCGUGACGGAGGCGUGGCUUGAAGUGGCUCGCCUUCUCGUGGAAAAAGGAUGCGACCCGAGGAUAAAGGACCACCGAGGCUUCCUUGCCUCGAAAGUUGCAAGGAGGAGCAACAACUUGAAAUUGGCUGAAUUUUUGGAAAAGGAGAGCGAGGCACGAGGAGCGAUCGAUAGAAAACUCGCCAAGAGCAAGUUUCCCGAUCUGGUGAGGGCGACCCGGGAGGGAAACACGGGCCGCAUGAUGCAGCUGCUGAUGGAGAACGUCCCCAUACUCCCGAUGGCUGCCGAAGAAGACCCUCUUAAAGAAGCUCUUCGCUACAGACGCCGCGACGCGGUGUUCUUACUUCUAGCAGCCGGAGCUCCCUUGUGUAACCAUUACGUCUCCCACCUAACUUCUUUGGAGGUAUCCCAUCACAUGGUUGGACAACCUGCUUUGUUCCCAGCAAUCAUGAGAAAGGCCUAUGUGGACAGACUGACUGAUGAAGAAAAGAGAGCUAGAAGUAGCGAUCAUCCGAUCGCCUCCUUUAUAAAUGAAUUGAAAACCCAAGUCACGAAUAUCGGAGAUGAAGCACAUCCGAAAUUUGAAGGAGACCUUGCUGCGAAAACUGAAGAAGCAAAAAAGCUGCUUCUGGAGGCCGCUGGCCUUGGCCUUUCCUUAACCUGCCAGAUGGUGAGUCAAGAAGAUGUGUGCUUUCUUCAAACUUCAGGGGAAGAAACUCCUCUUGAUAAUGCACUUCAGAAAGGACAUCACGACACAGCAUAUGCACUGUGCAGAGAUUUGUGGAUGACGCCCUAUAUCUGCCAGAAUAGCCAGCACGCACCAGCAGAGUUACUAGAUGACUUAAAGGAAAGAGAUUUGGUAAUAUUCAAACUCGUUUGUGAGAAUAAAAAAUGCACUUACGAGAAGGAAUUGUGUGAUCAACUAAAGACGAGUGUAGCAGAGGGUGCUCCAAUUGAGGAUGAAAUUCUUGACUUGGCUCUUUACUGGAUUGCUGAAAAUGGGCUAACAGCACUUCUCCAUGAGAGGAUAAAUGAUCUAAAUGUGAAUAAAGAGAUUUCCAAAUAUUCUAAAACUACCAUGAUGCAUGCUGCAGUAUUAUCAGGUCACAGAAACGUAGUAGAAUAUCUUAAAUAUAAUGGUGCAAGUUUUACGGAAACCAUUGGUGGUUUUAAAGUUAGAGACCUUGCAGCUAUGAGGCAAUGCAAAAAUUGCUUAAUGUACAUCUGUAUACUUGAACAUGACUCAGAUUCCUGGAUGUGUGAAUACAAGAAAAUGAAAGACUCUUAUGAGGUUCCAAAUGUUGAACCACAAGCUUUGGAAUAUUUGCGAAAAGAUGCUCUUUCUGCCUUAAGUGAGCCUUUCCCUAAGGAUCAGGCAUAUGAAAUGCUGAAGAAGAAAGGAGACAUGCUAAAAAUCAAAACAUUUGCUGACUUAUUAAGUGUAGCAGAAGAAGCAAAAGACAAAGAUUUCAUGAGGGAUUUCACUGAGAAAGUCUGUGAAGAAAAUGACGUCAUUUUGGAGACAUUAUCAAAGAUAGAUUCAAGAUUUGCUGGAAAAUUCAGCAUAACUGGACCUCUUGCUGAUGGAUAUGAAGUGACCUCUUUUGACACAGUAUAUACAAAUCUUGAAAUAAAGUCCUCAGAUGCUAAAGAUCUACACAUAACAAUAACAGAGGAUGGAAAAGGCUUAGACAUAGAGACAACACCCUCAGAUUUUCUAAAUCCUCAGACCUUCACUAAAGCUUUCAUGUCCCUCAUGGAAAAGGUUGUGGAGAAGCACACAUCCUCUCAGAGGAAACAGGGUCUGGUACUGGUACCUCCUUUUCUACUCCCAAGUGAGGACGGUGUUUAUCUCUUUUGGAUGUGGCGACGGGAUAAAAUUAGGAGAUUUUUCAGAAUGAAUAUAAGACCCGUUGUGGAAGUUAAAGCUCCCGAGCAUUUAGAAAGAAACUUAUUUAAGAAAAGGAAUACCAGUAAGAGUGUCGCAUCAACCAUAUUAAUAAGCUUAAUGCAUGAGAGGAAAUAUUUGUACAACUCUUACACACCCACAAAAUUAAUGAUUGAGAAUCUGUCAAACGAAGAACGGAAAACACUUUAUAUGUGUCGUUUCUUGACCAAGAUGAUUUCCUUUCCAUGGUUAUACCAACGGAUACAAAUACACCCCUUAUCUUCCCCAUGGCAAGAACCUAACAGAAUUGCAGAACUUAGAACUCAAGUGUUAGACUCUCUCUUUCUGGAAGAACUUAAUGAAACAGCACAAUCUGACUUUAAGCCUGGCAAUAUCCAAGAAAGAGUGCGUUCUAUCCUCCAAAGAGGCACAGAGAAAGACAGUGAUGGCAUCCUAGUUGCCAGAAAAGAGAUCUGUCAUCUCUAUAAUCCCUCUUUACUUGUAUCAAACACAUUUCAGUCUAUCGAAGGCAUCAUCAGAUACCUUGACGAAUUCGUGUAGUCAAGUAUGUGCAUCGAAUACUUUAAACUAAUAUUUGCUUCUUAAUAUGCAAAAGAAAGAAAACGAGCAAAUGAUACCACAGUAAAUCAGUGCUAGAAUGUUUAAUUGGUUUAUCAGUAUGUUAAUGACUUUUUCCAUUUGAUUUCAGGAAAAAUCCCAUUAAAUCUUAAUCUUAAUCUCCUAGGGUCAUCGGUAAUGGUAAAUGAAAGGAAGAUAUGUGUAGAUGAUGUUAGUAGCGGUUAUAGAUAUCAUAAUGAUAAUAAAACAGUAACUAUGACUAGUGAUUUUAUAUUUUCAUAUUCAUCCAGAGAAGGAGAGAGGGGGGACUAGCUAAGUUAUAUGCAUAAAUAUGUAGAUGAAUUGCAUAAAGACACAUAUAUGCAUACAAAAAGACACAUACACCCACUCAAGCACACAAUCACACACAAAUAUAUACACAUAGAUACACACACACAUAUAAAGACAUAUUCAUAUGGAGUUGUACUUGGAAAAUUGAAUUAAAAACCAAUAAAUGCCAUAUAGUCAGGUCCGAAAAACAUAGUAAACAGUGAAUAACCAGAAACUCAAGCCCAAAUGAUCAUAUAAAUGAAGAAAUCCAGGGCUGAUUACCAACAUGAAGAGGACAUUCAUAUGUGUGGACGAAAAUGUAGUAAAAAUGUGUAUUCGUGCGUUUUAGAUAUGACACAAAGCUAUGGAAAAGCGGGAUUCAAGGAACAUGGUGCUAUCAGUUCAGGUAUCACAGAGGCCUAAGUUAUUUAAUCGUUGAUGUACUCUGCCAAACAUGCAACUAAUACCAAGGGCGUUAUUUGA